UUUAAAAUCACCCCAUGUUGAAAGGACGUCACAGAAUCGCAGCUCGGACCUCUCGAAAACCUCUGAUUUUCCGAGUAAGAAUUACCACACAGCAAAAUCCCCAGUGUUGAUUUAACACCCAGAGUGUUGAAUUUACACCCUACAGUGUUUAUAUAAAUCCACUGGACACAGAUUAACUCCGGGUGUUAAUUCAACACUAGGGAUUUUACUGUGCAGUUGGAAAGACAUUCAAAUGAAUCUUCCCUGCUUGGUCUUGAACGCAGCAUUAUUUUGCUGUUAAAGGCCUCCAUGGUUGCAAAACGUUUGAGAACCUCUUUUCUAAAGAGCUCAAAACAACAUUUUGAACUAACAGAGUUUUGGAUCAGUUAUAGCUUUUACAAGCAGAAACAACUCUACAGAGGGGAUUAGUUAAUUAUUUCCCUGUAGCAAGGUUGUAGCAUUUUUCCUGUGUAAAAAAAAAAAAAAAAAAAAAAAAAUUUCAAACAGCUUGCAAGUAGCUUAAACGUUUUCCUUUUAUUUUAUUAAGUAGUAUAGUAGAGUUAAUAAGUUACUUGUAGUUAUACCACUGAGCUGUCGACGUCUCGAUUCUCAUUUUCUAUAACAGCAGGUACGACAGUAGUUCCGUCUCGAAGGAACGCACAGGUUUAUAUUAAAACCCUCAAUCUAGCAUGUUCUCAUUUGUAUAGUAACAACUUCUAUGAUGGUCACUACACGUUAACAGGUUUUUGUCUUAUUAACUUAGAGAGAGAGAUUAAUUUUUGUCUUAUUAACUUAGAGAGAGAGAAAAAUAGAGGCUGGUGAGGGAACAACUGUUUCUACAGCUAUAACGUAAGUGAGAACCGAUACUAACUUGUUUCACAGAUGUUCCACUACAUUAAAUGUAACUGUAAAGUAAAUAUAAUGGCUAAAAAGUAUGUCGUUCUUUAAUAAAUAAAAAUGUAGUUAGCUUUGGCGACUUGCUGUGGUAUAAGAGGAGUAAAACACUUCCUGUGAGACAUGCUGUUAAAGGAAAAUAAGCAACUUUGGCGUAUUGCUUACUUAGCAAAAGUGUAAAUGCAUUAUUUUGUCAUUAAAUUAAGUUUCACAUUGUCUUUUAGUACCACUUGUAGCUUCAUUAACUUCAAUUUUAGUAGUAUGCACGAUAUAUCAUCUGAAACAUUACCCUGGUUCUAGUAUCAAGGACUCUGUACAUGAAUCUAAAGUUAUCAAAACAGCGUUCAAAAUGGAUGCUUUAUGACAUUAGACAGUACUAUUGCUGAGGUUUCUUUUUUUUUUUAUUAUUAUUUACCCUGGGUGGAGAGGAGGUCAUAUGAUGUAGAUGUGUUAUAUUGAUCGUUAUGGGAGGAAAUCAACAACAGGUUGAAGUCUCUGGAUUGUAGAAGCUUAACAUCACAGGCCUCGGUGUAUGCUGCUAAACCGAGGAACUGAAAGUAAAGGAUUGAAAUCUGCUGCUGUGGAAGCUGAGAACUUUGUCCCCCAGACAGACUGACUCAUUAAUAUACAAACCAAGAGGAAAAACAGAUGUUGUGAGAAGUCUGGUACACAAAAACCAUAUUUAAAAGAUCCACCAGUUUCGAUUCAAACAGCGCCAUCUUGUGUUUUGGCAUCCAGAACUGCAUAAACUUUAGUGUUCCUGUGGAAAACUCACCAGCUUUAACUGACGAUAGUAAACCUGAAUUUACUCAUAGGCACGCUGAUCUGACCUCAGUUGAACUUCAUCGAUUGUUCCGAACUUGCCGGUGGAUCAUGCUGUGUAUACACGUGGCGAAUAUAGCUGCUCUGCUAUCGUCUUGUGUAUCCUUUGGCCUCAUAAUAUGUAGUCGCAGAUGGGAUGGAGAAGUCGGUGUAUUGUGCGUGUUUUGCUGGACCUUUAGCUUCAUUGGCUCUCUUUUGAACCUACUGACACUGAUGUUCUCUUUCCACAUGGGUGUCAGGCCAAUAUUCUGGCGCAACAUUUCCAUUACCAUCUCCAGUUAUGCAGCGUUGUUCUGUCUUAGCGCGUCCAUCAUCUUUCCGAACUACUUUCUAAAAGGCCAAGAGGACAACGAGUUCUACAGCUACUUUAUACUGGUCGAGAUCUUCUCAUGCAUAGCUACGCUGGGGCACCUUGUGGAAGUUUGGAUGGUGUGGAUUGACCCGACAUGCUAUAUGGCAAUGGGAUCAGGUCUGCUACAGGUGUCUCAGACGUACAUAGCAAGCGCCAUCGUUUUCUUCCUCGCCAAUAUUGUGCCAUUCAAAGACCAUCCAGCUAUGAUAUGGAGCUUGGCUGUAUAUUGCAUGUGCUUCUUCUGCACAUUUGUCAGCAUCAUAUGCUGUACAUUUCAGAACCAGCACAAUCAAAUAUGGCAGAAAGGAUUCAACUUGAUUGCUGCUGUCAUGUACCUUAGUGUCGCCUGGCCUGUAUUCCAUCUCAUUCAAGAUCUUGGUCAAAUCGUCUUCCCUGGGUCAUGCCAAAAUGAUCUUGGACUCUGGCCUCAGACUAGACUGAUCAUUGUGCUUGGGCUAACUGCCUUUAACUUCCUGCUUUACUUGCUCAGCGUAUGCGAUGCCUGUAUAUUACGUUCAAAUGUUAAUGAAGAAGAAGAGAACACUACAAGCUCAAGCACCUCUGAACCUCGUCCCAUAGAAACGCCAGAUGAAAUAAGGGCCAGUGUUUUGCCAGUGGAACUGAGCAGAUCUCUACAACAACAAAACAUAAUAGGCAACCAUCAGAGCCUGCACAGGACAGAUCUAAGGAGCCAGCAAAAUUCUUUCAACGUUUACAUUAAAAAUCUUAAUAUUUAUGUUAAUAAAUAAAAUCCAAUUAGUAGAAAUGGAAGAAUGGUUUAAUAGUAUGUCUACGGCUUUAAAUACAACUGAGAAUUGUUCCAUGAUCACAUGACUAAUCCUAGGCUUUUAUAUUGCAGCAGAUACAUGGUUUCUAGCCACUAUGUAUACACAUUUGAUAAUUGACCAUUAAUAAUUGAUAAAUGACAUAAUUAAAAACAAAUUAUGAUGUCACUGUACUAUUUGAACCAGCUCGAAAAUUUGUGUUUGGUAUCAAUAUAGUAAUUUCCUGUUCAGCCAGUCAGACAGUCUCUGUAUUAACACCCAAAUCUGACCUCAAGAUUAAAAUGAAAUGUGAUAAUAUAAAUAUCAGUGAGUAUAUCAUGUGAUAUGUGGUAGUUCUUGACACAUUUUGACUUGUUAUUUGGGGGAGGGGCAUGAUGGGUUAGCAUGUUUGCCUCACACCUACAGGGUUUUGGGAUUGAUUCCUGCCUCCGCCCUGUGUGCGUGGUGUUUGAAUGUUCUCCCCAUGCUUUGAGGGUUUCCUCUGAGUUCUCCAGUUUCCUCCUCCAGUCCAAAGACAUGCAUUGUAGGCUGAUUGGCAUUCCAAAUAGUUCGUAGAGUGUGAAUGGGUGUGUGAGUGUGUGUGCGAUUGUGUCCUGUGAUGUGUUGGGACCCCGAUACCCAGGGUGUCCCCCGCCUUGUGCCCCGAGUCCCCUGGGAUAGGCUCCAGUCUCCCCUGUGACCCUGUGUAGUAUAAGCGGUACAGAAAAUGGAUGGAUGGAUGGAAGAAUGGAAUUGUUAUUUCAAGUCAUAGUCAAUAUUUUUGUAAAUUGAAUUCAAUUUAAAAGAGACUCAUAAGCAAAAUUGUAACUGUGAAUAACAAUUAUUAAUUACCAUUACUUAAGGAAUAAAUCACUUGGGGGUGUGAUGUUAUAGGAAAAUAAUCAACGCCGGGGUGGUGAGUUGUAGCCCGAUGCUAAGUGGAGUUACUGUUACCACCCUGAUGUUGAUUAUUUUCCAAUAACAGCACACCCUGACAUGUUUUAUUUCACUAACACUACAGUAAUUUACCAACACUAACAAUUUUUUACACUUACAUUAGAGUCACAUAGUUACAGUCAUCCCCUAAGCAGUCUGUAUUGUUCCUUUCUGUUGAAGUUAAGACAAAAAUGCAGCUUGUCAGGUUAUCAAGAAACUGCUAAGCGCAAAGUCCUCUAUUUCUACUGUCUUAAAUAAGCUUAUUAUUAGGCUGAGAUUAUAUGGAGCAUCUGAUAUGCAGCUCCCUGCGAAUAAGGCAUUAUUAUUGAAACGAUAAUAUAUUAGAAUGGGUUCUUUAAUAUAAACCUGUGAUUUGCUUUGCAGACGGAACUACUUUCAGUGCUGCCUUACAGUAAUCCAAAAUUAAUGAACGCCUUCUGACCAAUCAAAUCGAGAAUUUAACAGCACCGUGGUAUAGUCUGGAAUAAACACUAUAGUGAUUAGCAGAGACACUUCCUAGUAUGGUGUUUUAUAGUUAUGUAAGACAUAGCAGAAGUGAACCAUAAAUGGUAUUUAACCAUUUUAUUGGAACAACACAUGGCAUACACAACUGCCUCUUAUUAUUCUACAAUAUUUUAUACCACUGACACCACAUCAUACCACCCUAUCACUGAUUUAUUUUCAAAUAAUUCUCUCUCUCUCUCUCUCUCUCCCUCUCUCUCUCUCUCUCUCUCUCUCUCUCUCUGUCUCCACCCCUUCUCACUCUCUCUCCACCCCCUUCUCUUUCUCCACCUCCCCUUCUCUCUUUCUCUUUUUCUCUCCACCCCCUUCUCUCUCUCUCUCUUUCUCUCUCCACCCAAAUUCUCUCUCUUUCUCCACCCCACUUCUCUCUCUCUCCACCUCCCCUUCUCUCUCUC